UCAAAAUCCCGCUCACUCCCAACAAAAAAAAAUUUUGGUUACUCGCUCAUUACUCCCUCCUCUUCUCAUCUCCAUCGCGUGCCCUAAAUACCCCAAAUAAAAUUUUGUACUUAAUUCUUUUUCCCUUUUAAUCUCAAAAUUCCAUGAGUUCCUUUGCCCCAACAUCUCGGAAUGGAAGAAAAUUACAGGAGGUUGAAGGAGAUAAACAAGAAGUUGAGAAGGGAGAUUUAAUGGAAAUUAUAUCCCUUUCCCAACUAUGAAUUUGUUAUUAUUUUGUUUCAUUUUAUUGGUUGAUUAGAAUGGGGGAGAUAAAGGACAACGACACCUACGAGGAAGAGCUUCUCGACUACGAAGAAGAAGAUGAAAAAGCCCCUAACUCUGCCUCCAUUAAGGCUGCUGAUUCUGCUAAGAAGGGGUAUGUUGGAAUUCAUAGUUCGGGAUUCAGAGGCUUUCUGCUGAAACCGGAGCUGCUUCGAUCUAUUGUGGAUUCUGGUUUUGAACAUCCUUCCGAAGGUAAUCAUGAUUCAGGUAAUCACUAUAAUGGACAAUUUUGAUGACUCUGAUAACGAAUUGCAGUCACAGUUAUAAGAGUUCUCAUGCAUAGUCCCAAAAGCAAAGCAAAUGUUGAUACUAUUAUUGAAAAGUGUGCUGGUGCAGGGCAUUUACGAGAUGAUAUCCUCCAUUAUAGUAAGGAACCAGCUGAAUACUUGCUUAGUGACCUGCCAAGCUCUUAUGGCGAAGGUGCAAGCAGCAGCUCAAUGGGGUUUGACAAGGAACUGAACAAGGAAGUUGCUAUUAAAGUUAUUGAUUUAGAAGAAUCGCCCAUGCAUGAAGUUACGUUUUCAAUGAAGACAAACCAAAACUUCUUAGUCGGUAUAUGA